AAUUGCUACGUGCCCAUCUUUAAAAGUUGUAUAAAUAAGAAGAAAGGGACAAAGAGCGUCGCAGUUGCCAUUUCUUCUCGCAGUCUGCAACACAUUCGACAAGAAAAGAGAUUCUCUUGAAGAUGACAAGACAAACAGGCGUGGCCGUGCUUCUGAUCAUCGCUUUGACGACGGUGACAUCCGUUACUGGCGCUGGUCCCAUCCCUCUUACUCCGGAGGAAGAGGCGCAAAGAGACGAUGCUAUGGCUGAUAUGGCUAACCUUCCAAUCGAGCAUCAAAUGAGACCUGAACUGCCCCCGGGCCCUAUACCGCCAAUCCCGGCUUGUGAAUGCCAUGCACAUGGUGAUGUCCGCUAUGUCACGUGUGAUGGGAGAGCCUUCAGAUUUAACACUCCGCCCGGAGAUGUUGGUAUAAUGGCAAAGUCUAUAGGUGGCUGGCUUUGGUAUAUAAUAACGGAACAAGAAUUCUUUGAUGACGGUCCGAAGACUCGUCUGACAAAAGUGAAAUACCAGAUUUUUUCUCACUACGUGAUCAUUGAGUACAAAGACACUCCAGAUCCAAAUGGGCUGUACACAAUAACUGUGGAAAAUGAUAUUAUACCUGGUCCGCCGCUGUUUGAUGAUGCUGUAAGCCUUGGUCCUGCUGGGGCGCCUGGUGUUUUGUUCGUGGGGGGCGGUUUUAAUAUCUCGGUAAUUGAUGUAGAUGGCGAUUUGUACAUUGAGGUUAGUUGCACGCUCCUGCCACCCGUCCUGUUCGACAUUAGGAUACGUGUGGCCCGACAUUGUCUCCAGAUUCACAUCCCUCCGAUCUGGCAAUCCUGGAUGGAAGGGAUAUGUGGAGAUUGGAAUGGAUUUCCUGCAAACGAUGUUGUCGCUCUUGUCGGCUUUCCACAGGUUUUACCCGCGCCGGUAAUGGGAUUCCCUUUCCAACAAACGACGACGAUGCCGAUAUAACUCUACGAUCCAUGGCGUUAUGACCAAAGAGCGACUACCACCAACUCUGUACAAGCAGUGUCUUCUUUCUCCAGUCACUAAUUUUCAUGUGGAACACGGGAAGCGCUGGACGCCGUUUUAUGUUCCACAACCGUUGACUUAGGUUACUACGGACCAUGUCACAAAUUGUUCGAAACCUUUUCCAAGGGAAUCUUUCUAUCUUUUGACUUACCGAAUUGAGAACAGUUGAUAAUUUGAUUUUCUCACUUAUAUUUCUUUGGUGAACGUCCAUUUGAGAGUCGAAAAUUCACAAAGGAACGGAAUCAUGGACAAUGGAACUGAAAUUUGUGGGGGUGCAAGCUACUCUUUCGGUUCUAAGAUAACUAUUUUUUGUUUUUGAUUUUAACAUUGAUCGAGGUUUUUAAUGCCUUGAAAUGCAAAUUCUUGCAUGUGUUUUUUUGUAAAAAGGUUGAAUUAAACAGGUGUAUGACAUUAUUUCGAGGAUGUAAUCAAAUUUGGAGAAAUCUCCAAACACAAGACUGACAUUGACAGAGAAAAAACAUUUGGCAUUUAAAACAAAGGCAGUGUGUCACAAAAGAAGAACGUACUUCUAGUACUUUAAAAAUUUUCAAAAGUUUCGAUUGAUGAGGCUCACCUGGUGAAGUACAGUGGAAACGUGAUUUAAAUUGGGUACGAUAUAGUGACAAUAGCUUCAGGUGUUUUAACGUUUUAAUUUUUAAUUUAUAUUUCUCUUCAAUUCGUUUCGCCGUGCUUGUGGCUUAAAAUCGUUAUAAAAUGGUAUCAUUGAUAUCAAAUAAC